AGUAAACCUCCAAUGAAGAGUCGUCAUCUACUGAUAAGACUGUAGAAGAGUCCUCGAUUUGAAUUGAAGAAAUCAUUCAAAUGUGGAUGCAAGGUGAGGACCGGGUAAGUGCCUGGUGAGGACCCCCCCGCCGCAAAACACAGAGGCCUCCCCGGCUCCCCCCGAAGAGCAGCCUGCCUGCUGCUCUUCGGGGACAACGCUCCUUCAAAACCCGGCGUGUGCCUCAUCUCCGCGUUCCUAGGGCGACAACACAAGCACGCCCAUUGGUCAAUCCGUUCUGACGUCAGCGAAAUAUCGGGAAUUCCUCUCCCCGCGGUUAUUAGUGAACUGGAGGUGAGCAGCAGCAACUUAUUCCAGGCACACAACAAGUACACAUCUGAACGGACCCAGACGUGCAGCCUUCAGAAAGGGCCACCGCUGUCUGUCAGCCCCUCUCGCUCCGGGCGAUCAUGUGUUCGCGGCCCAUUGGAGCGUCCACGGAUGUACAGCAACAGGUUUAAUGGACAACUCAAAAAGAGUUGCUCCACCUCUUCGCCAUCCGUUCCUAGUCAUAGCUGUUCAGGAUCUAAGAAGGGCUCUGCUCAAGUGACUCCAAGAGUCACGACUUGCAUGGCAGCCAUGUUCCCUGAUGCCCUGGAGUCGGCGGGGCGUGUGGAGGGCCUUCCCCUGUCCUACCCCGACUCCCUAUCGGAGGUAGAGGAUGCAGAGGCCCUGGAGAAGGAGCCCAAGAACCGGGGCCGGUACCGACACAGCCUGCAGCUGCUCAAGCCCUUCAGGAUCACGCACAAACACCAGCACCCAGUUGACAACGCAGGGCUCUUCUCCUUCAUGACCCUCCACUGGCUCACCCCGCUGGCGCUCAAGGCCUACCGCGCGUCCAGCCUGGGCAUCCACGACGUCUGCGGCCUGUCGUGCCACGAAGCCGCCGAGACCAACUGCCAAAGACUGGAGUCCAUGUGGAACGAGGAGCUGAAGAGAGGCGGUAAAGACGGGCCCUCCCUGACCCGGGUUCUCUGGAGGUUCUGCCAGACCCGCAUGCUGGUGGCCAUCUUCGCCCUGCUGCUCACCAUGGUGGCUGGCUUCGUGGGGCCUGCCCUCCUGGUGCGGGCCCUGCUGGAGUACUCCCAGAGCGUGGAGGGCUGGCUGCCCUACGGCCUGUCCCUGGUGGCGGGCGUGGUCCUCACGGAGCUGCUGCGCUCCUGGUCGCUGGCCCUCAUGUGGGCCGUCAACUACCGCACGGCCGCCCGUCUCCGGGGGGCCGCACUCACCUUCGCCUUCCACAAGAUCCUCCGCCUGCGCAACACCAAGGACAUCAGCCCCGGGGAGCUGAUCAACAUCUGCUCCAGCGACGGGCAGCGGCUGUACGAGGCGGUGUUGAUGGGCUGCCUGCUGGCCGGGGGGCCGCUGGUGGGGGUCCUGGGCCUGGCCUACACCACCUACUUCCUGGGACCCACCGCUCUGGUGGGCUCGGCCAUCUUCAUCUUCUUCUACCCGACCAUGAUGCUGGCAUCGCGUCUGACGGCGUACUUUCGCAGGAAGUGCGUGACCGUGACGGACCGGCGUGUGAGGCUCAUGAACGAGAUCCUCGGCUGCAUAAAGUUCAUCAAGAUGUACUGCUGGGAGGAUGUCUUCGCCCAGAACAUACACAAGGUGCGUACGGAGGAGAAGAAGAUUCUAGAAAGGGCCGGUGUUGUCCAGAGCCUCACGGUCGGUGUGGCUCCGGUCGUCGUGGUGAUCGCCAGUGUGUGCACGUUCACCUUGCACAUGGCCUUGGGCUAUGACCUCACUGCCUCUCAGGCCUUCACCGUGGUGGCUGUCUUCAACUCCAUGACCUUUGCCCUCAAGGUUACCCCUCUGGCCGUGAGGUCUCUGUCAGAGGGAUCCGUAGCGGUCAAAAGAUUCCAGAGGCUCUUCCUGAUGGACGACCGAGAGGUCAUCGUGUCCAAGAUGGAGGAGCCGGCAAACGCCGUGGAGUUCCGCAACGUCACCCUGGCCUGGGAGAAGGCCCGCCCCCCGGCCGCCGGCCCCGCCCCCCACCACCAGGCGCCGGCCCCGCCUCCUCCCCCCCCGACGCCCAGGAGGAAGGCCUUCCCCAGGGGGGGCAUGAGGCGGGCGCUGCGGCGGGAGAAGCUCAGCCUGUACCUCACCAAGGAGGAGGAGGUGGGGGGGGGCAAGGGGCGGGCGGAGCCGGCGGUGGACCAGAGCCUGCUCACCAACAUGGAGCAGGAGAGCCCCCAGAGCACCGUCUCCUCCGCGGGGAGCAUGCGCCCGCCGCUGCACAAGACGCUGCACUGCAUCGACCUGCGCGUCAAGCGCGGCUCCCUGGUGGGGAUCUGUGGAGGUGUUGGGAGUGGGAAGAGCUCCCUGCUCUCGGCUCUGCUGGGCCAGAUGACCUUGCUGGAGGGCAGCGUUGCAGCCAGCGGCGCUUUUGCCUACGUGUCUCAGCAGGCCUGGAUCCUGAACAACUCGCUCAAGGAGAACAUCCUGUUCGGGCAGCAGUACGACCAAGACAAGUACAGCGCCGUCCUGGAGGCCUGCUGCCUCCUCCCUGACCUAGCCGACCUGCCUUAUGGAGACAUGACGGAGAUUGGUGAGCGGGGGGCUAACCUGAGCGGGGGCCAGAGACAGAGGGUCAGCCUGGCGCGGGCCCUGUACAGCGAGAGGCCCAUCCUGCUGCUGGACGACCCCCUGAGCGCCGUGGACCCCCGCGUGGGGGCCCACCUCUUCAGGCACGCCAUCAAGGGCCGGGCGGGGCCCCGGACAGUGCUGUUUGUCACGCACCAGUUGCAGUACCUACCCGAGUGUGACGACGUGGUUCUGAUGAAAGACGGGCAGGUCUCGGAGCACGGCGCGCACCCCCAGCUCAUGGCCCGGGAGAGGGACUACGCCUCGCUCUUCACCAGCAUGCAACAGGAGAUUGUGGUGAAAAAGAACCUGAAAAACAAACAGCAGGAGGCCACAGAGGAAAAGGCUGAGACGGAUGUGCCUCCUGUCAAGGCCGCCGUACCGCAGCCCCAGAGGAAGGAGGGAGAGCAACUGAUGAAGGCGGAGGAGAAGGGUUCCGGAGCAGUGGCCUGGUCGGUGUACGGGGCCUACAUCAAAGCGGCCGGCGGCCCCGUUGUGUUCCUGCUCAACGCGUUCCUCUUCCUGUCCACCACGGGCAGCAUCGCCUUCAACAACUGGUGGCUGAGCUACUGGAUCCGACAGGGCGCCGGGAACACGUCGUUAAUCUCUGUGAACGGAACGUCGGAGAACAACAGCAUGAGGCUGAACCCUGACAUCAGCUACUACUCCACGGUGUACGUCCUGUCCAUGGCCGCCGCCCUGCUCCUCAAGACCGUCAGGGGACUGGUGUUCGUCAAGUGCACUAUGAAGGCGGCCUCUGCGCUCCACGACAGACUGUUCCGGAAGCUCCUGCUCAGCCCCAUGCACUUCUUUGACACCACCCCGCUGGGCCGGAUCCUCACUCGCUUCUCCCGGGACAUGGAUGAGGUGGACGUACGUCUGGCUCUGCAGGCGGAGAUGCUGCUGCAGAACAUGACCCUGGUGUUCUUCUGCCUGGGCAUGGUGGGCGUGGUCUUCCCCUGGUUCCUGCUCUCCAUCCUGCCCCUGGGAGCCUUCCUCUUCGUCGUCAACCGCGUCUCCAGGGUUCUGAUUCGGGAGCUGAAGCGCCUGGAGAACAUCAGCCAGUCACCGUUCACCUCUCACCUCACCAGCAGUCUUCAGGGCCUCUCCACCAUCCACGCCUAUGGGAGAGGGCCCGACUUCCUGCACAGAUACCAGGAGUUGCUGGACACCAACCAGGCGUCCCACUACCUGUUCAGCUGCGCCAUGCGCUGGCUGGCGGUGCGCCUGGACCUCAUCAGCAUCACGCUCAUCGGCGCCGUGGCGUUGCUCAUCGUCCUCAUGCACCGGCAGAUCCCCCCGGCCUACGCGGGCCUGGCCCUGUCUUACGCCGUGCAGCUCACUGGCUUAUUUCAAUUCACCGUGAGGCUGCUGUCAGAGACAGAAGCCCGCUUUACAUCCGUUGAGAGGAUCAAUCAUUAUAUAAAGAACCUGGAGAGCGAGGCGCCCAGACAGAUCACCGGCGGGACGUCGUCCCCCGCCGCCCCGGGCUGGCCGCAGCGGGGGGGCCUCUCCUUCCGGGACGUGGACAUGCGUUACCGCGACGACCUGCCCCUGGUGCUGAAGAAGCUGUGCUUCGAGAUCGCGCCCGAGGAAACGGUGGGGGUCGUCGGCCGCACGGGAUCGGGCAAGUCCUCCCUGGGCGUGGCUCUGUUCAGACUGGUGGAGCUGGCGGGGGGCUCCAUCACCGUGGACGGGGUCAACAUCGCCGACCUGGGGCUGGAGGAGCUGCGGGGCCAGCUGGCCAUCAUCCCCCAGGAGCCCGUCCUCUUCAUCGGCACCGUCAGGACCAAUCUGGACCCCUGGGGGAAGUACACCGAUGCCCAAAUAUGGGACGCGCUGGAAAAGACGCACAUCAAAGACAUGGUCAGCCAAAUGCCUCACGCCCUCCACUCAGAGGUGACGGAGAACGGAGAGAACUUCUCAGUGGGAGAGAGACAACUGCUGUGUGUUGCCAGAGCGCUGCUGAGACAUAGCAAGAUCCUGCUGCUGGACGAGGCCACCGCCGCCAUCGACGGCGAGACGGACCGGCUGAUCCAGAAGACGAUCCGCAGCUCGUUCGACGGCUGCACCACGCUGGUCAUCGCCCACCGCCUCCACACCGUGAUGAGCUGUCAGCGCGUCAUGGUGAUGGACAACGGCCAGAUCUUGGAGUUUGACAGCCCAGCCGCCUUGCUUGCCAAUGAAAGUUCCAGGUUCAGAUCCAUGAUAGAAGCAUCAGAAGCCAAAAUGGAAGUGACGCACCAGAGCUGAAAUCCUGAUUACAAGCUUAAGAAAAACAGCUCUCGCAGUGUCAGUUGCACAUCAGUUCAGAGAGAGAGAGAGGGAGAGAGUGUGUGUGUGUGUGUGUGUGUGCGUGUGUGCGUGUGUGAGUGCUUGCGCGCGUGCGGGGGCAGUUGUUACAUACACGAAGAUGCAACGCUUUUACUUGAAACCAUAUCUGUGAAUUUCAGAGAAACCAAAGAUGGUGACCACAUUCACGGUGACCACCUUUUCAAGGGACACAAAUAAUAGCAGUAGUAGUUUUAAAAGAAACAAGACAGAGCAAAGGCUCUGACAAUGGCACUUUAUAUUCCAUGCAUUUACCUGUAAGGGUGCGUGCACGCACAUGGCUUCAUCGUCAUUGCGGUAGUUGCUUAGAUUAUAAGAAUGGUAAAUCCAGCUUUCACAAUGAAGAAAUGCAUUGUCAUGGAAUAAUGACCGGUACUGUCUUAGUUUUUAUGAAUUAAUCAGUGCAGGUGUAAUAGAAGUGGUUUGACGCUGCUUACUAUAGAUCUUUUAAGUAUUUAUGGAUCAAUCAAAGACUUGCAAUGGAAAAUGCAUACUUGAUUAAUUUUAACUGGUACACUUUUGUUCUGAUGAUUGCGAUGGUAAACAUCUGCCUUAUAAUUAAUGUCUACUGAUAACCGAGUUGUGGGCCAGGCCUCUAAUGGAUUUUCAAGUUUUACUUUGUAUGCACCUUGAGAUUGUAAUUUUUCCAUGUCUUAUAUUUGUACAUUUAAUAUUAAAUAUGUUAAAAAUAAAUCUUUUUCAAUAAAGAUAUUUUUAUACAAGCUUAAUUGUCUGACCUGCU